UGCUUAUUGUUUACUGUUUAUUGUUUGUUAAGAUCGUGCGCAACGAAUACGAAUACCAAGACAAAUUCCUAAUAUGUGUAAAUGUAUUUGGCAAUAAACCUUUCUGAUUCUGAUGCUGAUAUAAACAGUUGUCCCAACUUAAUCAUAAUCAUUUCCUCCCAUUCUGAUAAAUUAUUAUUCAUGUAUUAUGUGGUAGUGUAGUUAGAGAUGAGGUGGACAGCUUGUCCUGGGAUAUUAUACACCGAGCAAGGAGAAAUCCGAUGCUUCCUUUUGCCAAAUAUAGUUAGGUCUACCUGGUCAGGUGGUCAGCAUCCUACUAAAUCUGGACGGCCACGCCAUUUUACCUAUACUUGCAAUCUAUUUAUUCAGGAAGCAUCUUUGCAAUUGAGGAAUCAGCCUGUAAUCCAUUACCUCUACCGAGAUUCCUUCAGAGAGAUGAUUUAGCAGGGAGAGAGGAAGGUGAGGGGCUUUCGAUAGAGGGAUGUCCGUUUCCGGUUCAAGUUUCUUAUUAGACAAAGCUAGAUUACUCCGUAAAAUUAUUCCACCAUAAAGUAACUCAUAAUUAUCCUUGUCUUUGUUGUUUGUCUUACUCUCUCCGCUGACAAUUUUACCAUCAUCCACGCCUGCCAAGAGGAAGUAAGUUACCGGAAGUUGCGUUCGACCGGGGUAGCCCUACCAUGCUUGACCCUCUCCCAGCCCUUUCUUCCCAGCGGUAGUGGCGCUGUGCCUCUUGUGUGUCUACGUGCGGAGGGAGGGAGAGAGAGAGAUAGAGAGAGAGUAAAAGCUCCGGCCCGGGGCUGAUAAGCGCUCAUCCACCGGCUCCUAAAGCACCACACUGUGAACUGUCUGGUUCGCCAAACGCUGGUGAUUCUCCAUGACGCCCGGCCGCAACCCUGCCAUGGUGGACCAGGGUCCUCCGGAGGUGGCCCCCGUGCUGCUGAACGGAUCCCAGCGAGGGAAGCCCUCCUCUGGGUUGGCGGAGGGGCGGGAGGACGGGCUGGUGGAGCGCGGCCAGUGGGCAAACAAGAUGGAGUUCCUCCUGGCGGUCGCCGGGCAGAUUAUCGGACUGGGCAACGUGUGGAGGUUCCCCUACCUCUGCUACAAGAACGGCGGAGGUGUGUUCUUCAUCCCCUACCUGUUGUUCCUGGUGGUGUGUGGCGUCCCCCUCUUCCUGCUGGAGACCUCCCUGGGCCAGUACACCAGCCUGGGGGGGGUCAGUGCCUGGAGAGCCCUCUGCCCCCUUUUUGGAGGUCUGGGCUAUGCCAGCCAGCUGAUGAUGCUGCAUGGCUGUGUCUACUACAUCAUCAUCCUGGCCUGGGCUCUCUACUACCUGGCCAGCAGCUUCCAGACCCCCCUGCCCUGGGCCCAUUGCAACAACACCUGGAACACCGAUGCGUGUGUUUUGUUUCAUCAACAGAAUCGUUCAAGCGAUGUGUCUCUUGCCGGGAAUGCCACCUCACCGGUUAUGGAGUUCUGGGAGCGCGAGGUGCUGAAGAUGUCCAGCAGUCUGGACGAGCUUGGUCCCAUCAACUGGAAGCUGGCCCUGUGUCUAGUGGCUGUUUGGGUUCUGUGCUACUUCUGUGUCUGGAAGGGAGUCAAGUCCACCGGCAAGGUGGUGUACCUCACGGCGACCUUCCCCUACCUCAUGCUGUUCGUCCUGCUGGUGCGUGGCGCCACCCUCCCGGGGGCCGCCGAGGGCAUCGUGUACUACCUGAAGCCCAACACCACCCGCCUGGCCGACCCCGAGAUAUGGAUGGAUGCAGGCACUCAGAUCUUCUUCUCCUACGGGAUCUCGUUAGGCAGCCUCACGGCGAUGGGCAGCUACAACAAGUUCAACAACAACUGCUACAAGGACUCCUUCCUGCUCUGCCUGCUCAACAGCCUCACCAGCUUCGUGGCGGGCUUCGCCAUCUUCUCCGUGCUGGGCUUCAUGGCCGGGGAGCAGGGUGUGGACAUCGCCGAGGUGGCCCAGUCAGGCCCGGGUCUGGCCUUCGUGGCGUUCCCCAGGGCGGUGGCCAUGAUGCCCCUUCCCCACUUCUGGGCCGUGUGCUUCUUCCUCAUGCUGCUCAUGCUGGGACUGGACACACAGUUCGUGUGCCUGGAGGCCCUGAUGACCAGCCUCACCGACCUGUACCCCCGCACCAUCCGACGGGGCCGGCGGCGCGAGCUCAUCCUGCUGGCCAUCUGCACGGCCUGCUGCCUGCUGGGGCUGACGAUGGUCACACCGGGGGGCGUGUAUAUAUUUGAGAUCUACGACCAUCACUCCUGCAGUGGAGCCAGCAUGUUGCUGCUGGCCAUCUUCCAGUCCAUUGUCGUUGGCUGGGUGUACGGCCCUGAGCGGUUCAGCGACCACAUCCGCGACAUGAUUGGCCACAGCCCCUCGCCGUUCUUCAAGGUCUGCUGGAAGUACCUGACCCCCGUGGUGUGCAUAGCCACCUUCAUCGGGGCCCUGGUGCGCUGGAGCCCGCUCAGGCUGACCAAGGGGCUGGUGUCCCCGGCCUGGGCCACCGGGCUGGGCUGGCUGCUGACCCUGUCCUCCGUCUCCCUCAUCCCCAUCUGGGCACUGUACCUCCUGGUGAUCACCCCGGGACCCCUGCUAGAGCGGAUCAGUCUCCUGUGCCGCCCUACGAUAGACCAGCUGCCACCGAGGACAGAGGCCCCGCCCCCAACCGCCAAGCAGACCAAGCACACCAAGAAGCCAAUCUCUGACAUUUUGUAGGGUCAUGUGACCCAACGUUUAUCGUCCCCUGGACAAAAUGGUGGCGGUAAGUGUGAGGUCUGUUUUGUUGGCGUUCUGGGUGGAAGUUCAUUCGUUCUCAAGUCCAUCAUUCCGGUAUCAUGGAUUUCUUUCUUUAUUUUGUUUGUUUGAAAUAUGUUGAUGGGAAAAACUGAAACCUUUGCCUUAAAUCAAUCUUAUAACUCAAAAAUGGCUAACGUAAAGUACGUUGGCUACCUGAUUGUUGCUAGCAAUCUGCCUGUCUUUUUUCGAAGACUAUCUGACACAACAUAACAGGAGAUGGGGGGGGGGGGCUGUUUAACAUAGUCAUUUCCAGUUCACCUAGUGGUUGAAUCAAUGAUAAAACAUAAGAAGUUUUUAAUAUAUACAAAACGUGGAUGUAUAUGCACAACCCAAAGUGUGCAUUGCAAAAACAAAUUGAAAUAUAAUAAAAAAUAUAUUAUAACAAUACAAUAAAUAUAAUAACAAUAUAUAUAUUAUGUAAAAUAUAUUAUAUUGAUUGAAUACUGUAUAUUUUUACAGUACAGCAUGCUGGUUUUGAGAUACUUUGAGUCUUACCUGGUACCAGCAAGAGUAUAGGUGGGACUAUGAACAUACUGCAGAAUACUGAUUUAGUUCUUCGUAAAGGUGCGUUCACACCAAACGCGACAUUUGUCGGCCCUUCCCGUUAGGUGUGAACGCACCUUUAGCCUUACUGUGCGUUCACACCAAAUGCGAAGGGGCGACACAAUUCCAUAUAGUCAACGUAGAGGCGCUAAUCGGGAAAACAUUUAUUCGCAGAGCGACACUUUUGCCCGGCACUGGCGAGCAUUCACGAGGAUUUGCAGCGUGACACUUUCGCUCGAGUUGAAUUAUUUUAACUUUGCCGCGACAUGUGCGUGAUGACAGCCAAUCAGCGUUCAACAGCGUGGCCACUGAGUGACGUGCAUAACGUAAACGCCUCGUGCCAACUGCCUCCGUCCGUUGACUGAUCCCCAUUGACUGAAUGUGGACGGACGCGCAAUGCAUUGUGGAUACGUGCGCUCCGUUGGAGCCAUCGGCUCCGUCAAAAAGUUGAAAAAUGUUCAACUUUUUCGGCAGCGACGGAUCCGUCAUCCAAUCAGAUCGCGUAUGCAAAUUUAAGCACUGUGAGACUACUCGGGCUCUGACGACCCUGGAAAGCUCCUCCAUCCGUCAGCCACGCCUUCCGCCGUCCUUUGACUGACGGUGCAGUGGGCACAGUCAGUCUUUGGCGACAACGCGAACGUGCGACAAAAGUGUCUUUUGGUUUGAACGCAGCAUUAAUAAAGUAAUACAAAUGUGAUUGUUUACAUUGCGAUGACCGUGUGUUCAGUUUACGAUAAAUCAUCUGUAGUUUAAAACCUGGAAUUAAAACCUAGACUUUUUUUAUAAAAACAUCUAUAUUUUUUAAAAAUAUUAUUUGAAAUAUUUGUUUGCAAUUAUCAAUGUGGAGUGGGGCUUCCAACACCACCAUUUUCACUCAUGCCUGUAGAAACCGUGCCUGUUGACCAGAGUGCUUCCAUACACAACAGCUAGGCUUGUGUCAGGGGAGGGAGUGAUCGGGGUUUUAAGUGCAGUUCUACUGAUUUCAUUGUCUACACGGGUGCAAAAAGAGUAUUUAUACUAAAAGUCACCAUUAUCCAUUCGUUAAAGGUUCACUCUGCUGAGAAUAACAAUGGCUGCUAUGGCAUCUUUACCUUUUCAUUUUAAGUUGCACAGACUCAUUCAGCCAUUCACUGGCUGUUUGACCCUAUUGCUCUGAUUCCUUUGUGCGAGACCUAUGCAGUAAGCGAUCGAAAUGUAAUAAUUGUCAAUGUUAUUGUGAGAUCUUACAAGGAAAGCGUUCUUGAUCUCAAGAUGUGUGCUGUGUUCAGACAUGCGAUGGUGUCUCCAUAAGACCAACUGUUUGGGUUGCGUUGACCUGUGUCGUCAAGCGUAACCUCGAUCUCGGUUCUAUUUUUAUACAUGCCUUUUGAUACCUCCAGAGUUUCUCAACGUGAUUUUUGUUUGUUGUUUUUUCAUUUAAAUUAAAGACCUUUAUCUGUGAUGGGGAA